AUGCUUAGAAUUGCUAUUGUCAAUAGUGACAAGAAAUGCCGUCAAGAGUGCAAGAAGUCUUGCCCUGUGGUACGCACAGGCAAGCUCUGUAUCGAAGUGACACCGGAAUCCAAAAUCGCCUUCAUUUCCGAGCGCCUCUGUAUCGGUUGCGGUAUCUGCCCUAAGAAAUGUCCUUUCGGAGCCAUUCACAUUAUCAAUUUGCCGACCAACCUUGAGACACAAGUCACCCAUCGUUACUCGGCAAAUAGCUUCAAGUUGCAUCGGUUGCCUAUGCCUCGGCCUGGUCAGGUGCUCGGUUUAGUCGGUGCAAACGGUACUGGAAAGAGUACGGCCCUGAAAAUCCUGAGUGGUAAACUCAAGCCCAAUCUCGGCCGCUAUGACGACCCCCCUGACUGGCAGGAGAUUCUGAAAUACUUCCGUGGAUCCGAACUUCAGAAUUACUUCACGAAAGUCCUCGAAGACAACUUGAAGGCUGUCGUCAAGCCUCAAUACGUCGACCAGAUUCCCAGAGCGGUCAAGGGCCCUGUGAAAGAGGUCGGUCCUCUAAUCGAGGCUCGUUCCCAAAUGGACAACAUGGAACACAUUAUGGACGUACUUGAGCUUAAGCAGGUCGAGAACCGCGACAUCAACCUCCUCUCUGGUGGAGAGUUACAGCGUUUUGCCUUGGCUUUAGUCUGUGUGCAACAGGCGGAUGUGUACAUGUUCGACGAGCCCAGUUCCUACCUCGACAUCCGUCAGAGACUUGCUGCUGCCCGUACUAUUCGAGAAUUGCUCCGCCCUGAUGACUAUGUUAUCGUUGUUGAGCACGAUUUGUCUGUUUUGGACUACCUUUCCGACUUCGUCUGUGUACUGUACGGUCGGCCAGCUGUCUACGGUGUUGUUACUCUGCCAUCGUCUGUUCGUGAAGGUAUCAACAUCUUCCUUGAUGGCCAUAUCCCCACCGAGAACUUGCGUUUCCGCGAGGAGUCUUUGACCUUCCGCAUUGCCGAGGCUGGUGAUGAUUUCUUGGUUGACAAGGGCCGAGCGUUCCAUUAUCCUAAGAUGGAAAAGACUAUGGGCAACUUCCACCUGUCCAUCGACUCGGGUAAAUUCACUGAUUCGGAGAUUAUUGUUCUGAUGGGUGAAAAUGGAACUGGUAAAACCACGUUCUGCAAAAUGCUUGCUGGAGCUGAGAAGCCAGACGGGACUAUUUCAAUUCCUCGAAUGAAUAUCAGCAUGAAGCCACAGAAGAUCACUCCCAAGUUCCAGGGUACAGUUCGACAACUGUUCUUCAAGAGAAUCAAGGCUGCUUUCCUCAACCCACAGUUCCAGACUGAUGUCUACAAGCCUCUCAGGAUUGAUGAUUUCAUUGAUCAGGAAGUUCAAAAUCUUUCCGGUGGUGAAUUGCAACGUGUUGCUAUCGUCCUCGCUCUCGGUAUUCCAGCCGACAUUUAUCUGAUUGACGAGCCUUCCGCUUAUCUUGACGCGGAGCAGAGAAUUACUGCUUCGCGUGUCAUUAAACGAUUCAUCAUGAACACGAAGAAGACUGCCUUCAUCGUCGAGCACGAUUUCAUCAUGGCUACUUAUCUCGCUGAUCGUGUCAUUGUGUUCGAUGGGAAGCCAUCCAUCGAUGCUCACGCCAAUGAGCCUGAAUCGCUUCUCACUGGCUGCAACAGAUUCCUUAAGAACUUGGACGUGACUUUCCGUCGUGAUCCCAACAGUUUCCGUCCUCGAAUCAACAAGUACCAGAGUCAGCUUGAUCAGGAGCAGAAGUUGAACGGCAACUACUUCUUCUUGGAAGAAGAGAGUUGAAAAGGGCGUCCCACAGAAGGAUCGUCGCGAUCGUCGAUGGUACGAUAGACGCGAUGCUUAUAAACGGCGUCGAUGGUUUCUGUUAAGAAAAAAGGGCGUUCGGGUCGGAGCAUUUUUAGGCGUUCGGAGGCAGUCUCUGGCCCAUUCUUCAUGUGCUGAUGAAACUGCUGACAAUGAUGAUGACGAGGAGGAUGAUGCUUUGUCGACAUCUCCACUGUGCACACCAUUGAUUUCCACUUCAAUUCCCCUCCAAACCGCUGGACAACCAAUUCUGCGCAUUCCUAGCCUAAAGCGGACGUAUAUGGGACAGAACGAAGCUUAGAACAUCAGUGGACUCCAGCAUUGCCAAUGUGCAAACCGGGUUCGUGGACAUGAAGGAGAUUAUAUGUCUCAAGGGCUCCCCUUGUGACCAUGGCGAAAAUCAAAAGUUCUUACGAUAACUUGACAGGAUCUUCUUGUAGAACCCGUUUGCGCAACAGUCAUUGAAUUUCUUGUAUACAGGCUACUCCAUUGUAGGCUGCCAGUCAUGUGCUUUUUAUCUUACAUACUUAGGUAUAACACACUCGUUUCAAUCCAUUUCAAUAUUUGAUUCCAAUGAGCAUCGUCUUCUGAAUCUGU